UUUAGAUGUGUGGAAGGAGUGCAGCUUUUGGACGCCGUUCAGAGCUGAUGCUGGGGCCUCUCACUCAUUACCCGUGUCACUCUUGAAAGUGAACAGUGCCUUGAGCUGACUGGUCAUUACAGGCGCCUUUCUGGACUCGUGUGGUCAAUUUAGCCAACUGAAGGGACCGCUGAGCAGUUCUUUUUGUACUUGACAUUCAUGAGGAUGGAGUCGGGGCUGAACUCUCUCUGACAGAGGAUGGCGGGGCUUCAUUGCUGUCUUCGGGGCAGUUCAGGAGAUCAUAUUAUGGCUACAGGAUUGCCAGGCAUAAGGCAUGCUUCAGAGGCUGAAGAACUCAACGAAGAAUGUUCAGGGAAGAAGAAAUCAAAAUUUAAGACCUUCAAAAACUUUUUUGCCAAGAAGAAGAGGAAAGAUCCAGCAGCUGCCAGAGGAGAAAGCGGUCUGAAGCCGUGCCAAUCGAGCAGUGAUGUCAGCAUCCCAGAGCCUCCCGCAACAUUGCCUGACUCGGAGACAGGUUCUCAGAGCAGCAUUGGAAACAGAGCUGUGUCACAUGACAGCAUUUUUAUUCCGGAACUAUCCAUCUCCGAGACUGCGCCGGUCAGAGUGACAUCUCAGGAAAAUAUGCCCGGCAGGGUGAAAGCAUUGCAGUUACAACUUCAGCAGAACAUCCGACUGGCUUCUCCAGGUGUGCUGAUUUCUACCAAAAAGACCGAUGAUGCAGGAACUCUCUCAGAGGAUGAUGGGUUGCCCAGAAGUCCCCCAGAAAUAUCGUCUCUUCACGCAGUGCUGAGGUGCUCCACUCCAAAGCCUGCUGCCCUUGUUGAGCGACACAGUUCUUUGAGUUUAGGUGGAAUGGAAAGUGAAGAUGAAGAACAGAUAUCCUCAAAGCCUUCUUCCAGACCUCUGAGUCCCCUCUCACCACUGGUUUUCAUGACAACCAGCUCUGACUCACUUCCUGUUGAUUUCAGCUCCCCAGCUAACUCAUUCGCCUGCCUGGAUAACUCGGCGGCAAGACACAAGAUUGCCGUUAAUCCUCGCAGACACAAGUUCGUUGCCAAAAAGAUGAAGCCAACGAUUAGGGAACAUUCUGGAAGUCCAAAGAUUCCCAAAUUAAUUUUGCUUGAAAGUAAGGAUGAAAGAGUUCGAGUCACAUCCUCUGCCAGUGAUUUACAGGAUGAAACUGAUCUGUUGGCACAAGGUGAUGACAUAAAACCUGAAACAAAUGGAGAGGAAUUUGCAGAAAACGUUCCUAAGAGUUCCAAAAUGCUUGAGGUUUCUCAUCAUCACAGUGCGGAGCCUGAAGACACCUCUGAUGGAAACACUAAUGGUCAAAAUGGAGAUGUGUUGCCUAAUCUUCCAAUUCAAGUGACAUUUGAUUCAGUAAAGGUCAUUACCUCUGAAGAUGUACCUGAUUCUGAGAAGCUUCCCAACAUUCAAGGAUUGUCAACAGGAAUGUCGUUGAUGCAUGAAGAGGCUUUCAAAUCAACUUUUGUAAAGUCCUGUAAGGAUGAUAAAGAAGACAUUGUCUCUUCUUCCCCCAUGCCACCAAUGGCCAUUAAUGAAUCAGCAGAAUGUUCAGAGACCAAAGAUCAGGCCAAAGAUCAGGCUAAAUCUAGUGAAAAUGUCACAUUUGAGAACACUGAGGAGGAUUUGCUUCCCCUCAGUGUCGACAAACCUCCAGCAGAUGAAAGCAUCUCAGUUGCAAUACAUGCAGAGAAAAAUGCAAAGGGAAAUUCUCCAAACAUAAUACAACCAAAUAUAAUGCAACAUAGCCCAACUUCUAAAGAGACAAAGGGAGAGAGUUCUGUCACCCCUCCUGAUGAGACUUUGCAUUCAUUCAAAGAGAAGGAAGGACAAGAAGAAAAUAUCCUGACAGAUGAAUCAAUAACUGCAGAGGCAGAUGUCAAGGGCUUAUUAAAUCACAGGGCAGAAUAUGAACCGACUUCAAGCAAAGAGCUGACAGAUAAUAUUGGUUUUACAUCAGAAAUUCCACAUGAAGAUUUAGUAAUUCAAUCUGACUUUCCUACUGCACAAUUACCUGGCAGUCUGGGACAGACGGAACUUUCAAUAUCUGAUGAGCCGUUACAGAAAGAUAACAGGCUUGUUAAUCAAGGCUCAGUCAAAUUCUCAAUCGCAUCUGCCUGGCAGAGGUCCUUAUUGGAGGCCAACAGAAAGAAUGAAGGUUUGGAUGCAGACUGGAGUCCUUUGACAGCAAUUAAACCUGAGCAUUAUGAAACUACAGCUGAAGGGAAUGGCAAUGAAGUGUUAUCAAAUCAUGACAUGGGAAGUACCAUGAAAUAUCAACGGUUUCUUAAUCAGCCAUUGAAAGUGAAAUCAGAUAGCACUGAACCAGCUCCUGCUAAUAAGUCGUGUCCCCAGAAUGUUAUAAAACCGCAAACAAGGACUGGAUUAGAUACCAAUGAAAGCCCAUUUGGUGUCAAACUCAGGAGAACCUCUCCUCCUUACAAAUACUCAACUGAAACUAACUUUGAACAUAAAGUAGCUGACAGCCAGCAGCCUAUGGGAAUAAUACCACGUACAGGAACGCAGACUCCAGUGCCUGAGGGCAGUGAUGCUGGAGCCAGUGGACAGGCAGAGGCUGCCUCGAUGAGCAGAGCUGAGAAGGACAACAGUAAACAUGCAGCCAGAUUAUCCCCAGAGAGUCACAAGUUAAGGUAUCGACCGGCGGGAAAAGCUGACACCGUGGACGCUUCAGCAGAGUUUAUAACGCAAGACAAGUCCAACACUGCUCGAGGGAAGAAUGAAAGGAAGGACAGUCAAACCCAAAUAGACUUCAGCAAAACAACAGAGAGGAACUCACAGCCUGCCAAAUUUGUGACAACAGACAGUGCAAGCACUGGAGUCGGUUCCUCAGAGCCAGUCUGGGUCUCCAUGGCUAGACAGAAACAGAAGGGCUUUCAAGGCCAGUACUCAGGGACAGAGGACAGACCCCAGCCCUUGGAGAACAAGUUCUUGAUUCAAAUGGAUACAAAAAAGGAAGCAACAAAACCUUUACGGGAAAAAAAUGGAAAUAAGAAUCCCUUUCCCAGUUUUCAGAGCAAAGAAAUGAAAAUCAACGCAAAGGAUGAAGAUCAAUCUAAGACAAAAACUCCACCUGGGCUUGGUUCACAUUUACAGCCAAAGCAACAAGCAUGCGGAAUGGGGAUGAGAGAGAAACGACCAAUGCCCAAUGUCAAGAUUGCUCCGUUGGCUACUGUAGAGCCUCCAUGGCUGGCCAUUGCCAAGAAGAAGGCCAAAGCAUGGAGUGACAUGCCUCAGACUGUCCAGUAGCACUUCAGCUCCAAAAUAAGGUGUCAAGACAAGAUUGCUCUUCGAAAUAUUUCUGAGACCCCCAACUGUGACUGGCUUCAGCAGUGAUACUGAGACUGCAGUGGUACAAACCAUUGCCGAGAAAUAACUUGGAGAUAUUUGGUGAAAAAAUGAACUCUGACAUGUAGGAACUUGCCUUGAACAGUGGUGCUAGUGUGUCACUGUCAUAUUGGCUGCAUGUUAUACUGCAUGCCCAACAUUCAGUUCGGGCGAUUUCAAUAGGACCAAAUAUUUGGAGGUGUGGACAACAAACAGCCGAAGUAAUCCCGCUGGUUUUGCAUCAACUCCCAAAUCCAAUUUCACCAACAAAGUGCAUCUGUGAGAUGUUCCUCUGUUCACUGUUCAAAUGCAUGCAUUAAACUGCUUUAAAUACUUUUCUGCUAACUUGGUAGAAGAAUGACAUACUCAGCCAAGGUCACCAAGAGUAAUGUCCAUGCUAAUAACCCUAACUGUCAAUUUUUAUUUCUAAAUAGUUCCUUAUUUCCAAAUUAUUUUACAUGUACCUGUCCCAGUGACUUCAUUAUGUAAUCUCUUUUGUUGAUUGGAUUAGCUGGGUAUUAUCAUUGAUAAAUGUGCAAUGGCAGACUCAGUGGACUUCUGGAAUGAACUGCAAGCCCAGUAUGAAUGCCUGAAAGUCCAAGCACAACAACAGCUCUGUUAGUAGCUGGAAUUACUUAGAAUGAGGUUUGAUCUAUUAACUGAUCAGGAAGCUCAAUGGCUUGGCCUUGCUCUUUCACUGGCAAGGCGAGUAUUUACUGGCCAUGAAAUGGUGGUGCUAAGCUGCCUUAUUGAGUGACUGGAGUCCAGUAGGUACACCAACACUGCUUUUCUUUUUCCUCUGUAGCAGUUUGUUACAGCUGAGUGGCUCGCUGUUCUUUUUCAGUGGGUGGUUAAGAGUCAACCACAUUGUGGUGGGUCUGGAGUCACAUGUAGGCCAGACCAGAAGAAGAUGGCAGAUUUCCUCCCCUGAAGAAUAUUAGUGAACAAGACGGGUUUUUACAGUUUCAUGAUCAUUAUUAAUGAGACCAGCAUUUUAUUUCAGAUUUAUGAAUUACAUUAAAAUUGCCCCAGCUGCCGUGGUGCGAUUUGAACUCAUUUUAACUGCUGUCCCCUGCUACUGUCCCCAGGCCACGAUUGGUGCAACUGUAACAGUCAAAAAUUGGAAUAUUGAGAAAGUGUUGGAGUGGGGGCAUGCGCAGAGGGGUGGUGGAAUGAGUGCCAUACUCUUUGAAUAUCUAAGUUGGGUUAACAGGAAUUGUGGAAGGUUAUGGCACACAAGACAACUCAUUGUAUAAGUGCCAUCUGUUUGCUAAAGCAAGCAAAAUCUAAUCCAACUGCCUCAUACUCUUCUAGUAGCCUUAUAUCUUUCUCUGCUUCAAAUACUUAUCCAAUUUUUCUUUUAUGGAUGCAACGAUCACUGUUUCAACCAUUCCUUGUGGUAACCCAUGCCCCAACAACCCUCUAUAUAAGAGCAUUACUCCUAACUCAGCCAACUUCUCCCCUCUUUUUGUAGCAGUUUAAAAUCGAUGACCACUGUGUUGCUGAUACCCCAGCCAUCAGAAAGAGUCUUUCCUUAUUCACUGCCUCAAAACUCUUUGUCAUAUUUAGAGAGCCCAGUAGUUCAAUGGUUUGAGAGCACCCUGGAUUUAAACUCCACGCGUUGUGUCAAACCAAAGUCGCACUGGCAACUUGAUUGGUUGGCAAGUCCAAUUGCCAACCAAUUAGCAUCUUCUUCUCAUGCAAUAUAAAUUGUUGCUCCGUUUGACGAUUUGCUAUUCUUGCAAGGUUGUCCUGAUGAGUGCAAGAUGAAAAGCUUCAACAGCAUGUCUCUUUCCUCAGCAAUACUCAAGUUCCAUCUGACCAACAACAAGCCUAAAACAAUGUUGCUCACAAUCUCUGAACUUGUUUACCAUGCACAUUUUCAGUGAUUAACCAACCAGUGUUUGUAAGUGAGGGAGCAGGAGGGGUGAAUAGAGUGUAUUGUUGCCUCAUGGAGUAUGUAUACUUUUCAGCUGACAGCCCAAACCCUGGUAUUUAUUUAUUCUGUAUACUUUAUUGUAUUGUGUUGGAACUCUAUUUUCAAUCAUAUUCAAUAAAACCUUUUUCACAUA